AUGGAGCUCCGGCCAGGCCCCUACGACCGUCCCAACGGCGAGAGCCGGCGCGGUGCGGAGCGCGGUCCGCCGGAACGCGAGGAGAGCUGUCCGUUCUGCAGGUGGCCCGUGGAGAAAUGGUGGCCGUUGAUCUAUGCUCCCGUGGUCGAACUGGGUGCUGAGACCUGGCGCUCCUGCCAUUUGAAAUGCCUUUUGGACGCCCUCCGCCGCGACGAGGAACAUCCUCGCGCGGCCGGCGUGGAGACAAGCUUUGGAGAGAGCGUCUUGGAGCUGGUGACGCGAGCGGAGAAGGCACUCUUCUCUCGCAAGCCAUCCGCACGAUUGGGCUUGGAGGACGAGAGAAUGUGCUUGGCGGCUCAGAGCACGCUUCCCCCCACCUGGCCCUAUGAGGAGCUGCGGCCAAUACCGAAGGCGACCUUCUUUCUGCAAGGGGUGCUGGAGCUGCGCUUGUCCUGCAGUCCGCAGCUGGUGGAGAUCCCACCAAACCUGGGGCGAUCCACAGACUUGGAGUCGCUGUGCUUGAUUUCCAACAGUUUAACCAGCUUACCCUCGGAGGUGGGCAUGCUGCGUGAGCUCCGGUUCCUCUACCUGAAUGGAAACUUCUUGCGGCGAAUACCUCAGGCCGUGAGUGAUCUGCCAAAGUUGCAGGAGAUUUGUUUCGAUGCCAACUGCCUCGAAGAGCUACCGCACUUCACGGCCCAGCUGCGCCUCUUCACGGCGCCGGGGAAUCACCUCACAGAGGUGGCCUUCUGGCCCCAGCUGGAACGGCUGGAAGUGCACGGGAACCGCCUUCAGCGCUUGCUGCCCCUGAGCUGGCAUUCUACAUCGCAGCUCGUGACGCUCAAAGUCAUGGGGAACCAGCUGACCGAGCUGCCAGAAGAGGUGGAGAUCGAAUGUGUUUGGAGUGACCAGCCCCUGCGAGGUGGGCCACAUGCCGGUCUUGCGGAUCUUGGGGGUCGCCAGCAACCGUCUGCGGUCAUUGCCCCACGCCCUCGCAGAGAGCCGAGGCCGAGGCCGAGCCCGGAGGUCCGAGCGCUCCGGAGCCCGUGGGAACGACAGCGGAACCACGGGCGGGCGUGGGGCGGGACGGCCACGCCGGCCGCCGGCCGAGGGAACUGGCGCCUCACGCGGCUGCUGUUGGAGUCCAACCCCUUGCGCCCAGUGGCGGUGCAAAGCUUGGUGUCCGACCUCAGAUCCCUUGCCAGCGGCCGUGUCCGUGGGAACUGCCCCUCGGACUACAGCGAGUCGGGGUGUGAUCGUGCUAUCUCGUGCUCAGUGAUUCCCAUCAGUGGCCAAAGCCAAUUGAGCUUGAAGCUCACCAAAGCAUCCCGCUUGAGAAGGAGUACCGACCGUGCGGAGAGUGACCACCCCGAGCUGCUGAUCGUGGCCUUUGCGGCAUCGCAGGGCGAGCCGGAGUGGUUGGGAUUCCUACGGCGGCUAUAUGAAGUUGGGGAGGUGAAGCCUUGUUGCCACAGAUCCUCCCUGGACUUCGCGGAGGAGGCCGACUUCGACGCUCGGAUGGCCAGGCUUUGGACUCAUUGCACUCAGGAGGCUUCGACCGAAGCACCGCCGGAGGAGACACCGGCCCUUCCGCUGGGCGACUUCGAUGUGCUCACGGUGGUGGACCAUCGCAUGCGUUGGUACGCCGAGGAUCGUGGCGCUUUGCAACAGGUUUUGAAGACUUUGCGACCCAAGUACCAGAAGAUGAUGUGCGUGGGUGCCUCUAUGGGGGGCUUCGGUGCCCUGCUGCACGGUGGUUUGGUGGCGGAUGCCGUGGUGGCGUUCAACCCCCAGGCCACCUUAACGGAGGCGUUGCUGCGGCCUCCGGCGGAGACGCCGCAAGAGCUGGAGGACCUCUCCAACGCGGUCAUGGAGUCCGUCCGCGUGGCCCUCGCGCGGAAGGCACAGAUGAUUGUGCAUUGUGCCGCGGAUGAACAUUUGAUGCACGCCCUGGCCUUGCCGAAAGGCGUUGCGCUGGUGGUGCACCCCUUGCAGCCCAGGAAGCCCUUCGCGCGCGUGUUGGAUCGAGCGCAACUCUUGAUUCCCAUUGUGUCGGAUGCGCUGUACCGACUAUAUGGUGUUGGGAGCUACUCACAGGAGUCUCCCUUGCUUGGAUGCUGGUGCAGGAGCGGCUGCUUACGUUGCGUGCCCAUUGAGCCUGGUCGGCUGUUGCGGCUCUUUUUCGGUGCCAGCGGAAUGAUCCCCAGACCAGGCGACUGGUUCUGCGGAGGCUGCAAGGCGCGCAGCUGUCGCGAUCGAUAUUAUUGCUGGCGUUGCCAAAAGCCCAUCACGGAGCAAGGCACCUUGAAGGUGUUGGAUAAUAGCAACUAUCCCAGUCGCUGGGACUGGGGCUGCACCCACUGCGGCGCA